AUGGUUACAGUAAAUUCUGAAGCUAUUUUUGUUGGUGCAAACCAACAAAACCAGGUCAGUGACUAUGACAAGGAAAGAAAGCUUGUUGCCUUUGGUUCAGGAAAAACUGUUGCGUUAUGGCAUCCAUUAGAUGCACAUAAUCGAGGCAUAUCUCUCACAUUGAAGGGUCACGAUGCUGAAGUCACAUGUGUCAAAUUUAUUCCUGGUACAUGUUAUAUGGUUUCUACUUCAGAGGAUUUUCAUAUUAAAAUUUGGAAAUUUUCAGAUGACAAAGUACAUUGCAUUCAAACCAUCAAACAUUAUAACCACACCAUCGUCGCGUUAACUACACUUCCUAAUUUAAUCGCUAUUGGUUGUGCUAAUGGUCUGGUAUCUCUAUGGACCCAAGACCUUGGUACUGGGGAAUUCAUAAUUGGUAACGAAUUUGAAGUCCAGAGAGGCUUCUUACCUUUAUGUUUGUCACUUUCUAAUGUCAUUUCCAACAAAUAUUUAUUGGCUGUCGGUGGUACUAACGUUAAUGCAUUCAUCUUUUCUUUUGUCCUUAAUGGCCAAACAGUUGAUAACUGUGCCCUAUCUGCUAAAUUGGAGGGCCAUGAAGACUGGAUUAAAUCCUUAGCAUUCCGUCAUCAAGAAACACCAGGUGACUAUUUCUUAUGUUCUGGCUCUCAAGACAGAUAUAUUAGAUUAUGGAGGAUUAGAAUAAACGAUUUAAUUGACGCCAGUGAUGAAGAUGAAGCAAAAUUAAGCUUAUUAAACAAUAAACAAUAUAAGUUUAAUAUUGAAGAUGAUUUAAAAGUUGCUAUUAAUUUUGAUGCUUUAAUUAUGGGCCAUGAUGAUUGGAUUUCAUCUCUAAGAUGGCAUGAUACACGUUUGCAAUUAUUGGCGUCAACUGCUGAUACAGCUUUAAUGGUCUGGGAACCUGAUGAAGCGUCAGGUAUCUGGGUCUGUGGGUUAAGACUUGGGGAACUUUCGUCUAAAGGUGCAUCAACAGCAACUGGUUCUGCCGGUGGUUUCUGGUCCUGUCUUUGGUUCACCCAAAAUGAUGUUGACUACAUAUUAACUAACAGUAGAACAGGUGCUUGGAGAUUUUGGUCAGUUACCGACGGUACUAUAGUUGAAGAAAUGCUUGGUAUUACUGGCACUACAAAACCUGUAACUGAUGUCGCAUGGGCUCCUAAUGAUGAUUAUCUACUUUCUACGUCGUUGGAUCAAACAACAAGAUUGUAUGCUCCAUGGACAUAUAAGAAAGAUGGCUCAAAUAGAGAAAUUGUAACAUGGCAUGAAUUUUCAAGACCUCAAAUUCACGGUUACGAUAUGAUUUGUAUCGAACCUAUGUCCAAUAAAAGAUUUGUAAGUGGUGGUGACGAGAAAAUUUUAAGAUCUUUUGAUGAACCAAAAGGUGUAGCUCAGAUCUUAAAGCAAUUCGUUAACCCAGCUAUUACCUCAGAAGAAAAUAUGCCAGAAUCGGCUUCCCUACCAGUAUUAGGCUUAUCGAAUAAAGCUGCAGCAGAUGACAAUGAUUCUAGUGAAGAACCAGAAAAUGAAGAUGAAGCAGGGAAUAAAAAUAUUUCGUACAAUAUAGUUUCCUCAUUGAGCAGUCCUCCUACUGAAUCUGAAUUACAAAGACAUCUUCUUUGGCCUGAGAUUGAAAAGCUAUAUGGUCAUGGAUAUGAAAUGACUUGCCUCGAUAUUUCUUCAGAUGGUGAAUUAAUUGCUUCCGCAUGUAAAUCCAAUACCCCACAACACGCGGUUAUUAGAAUUUUUGAUACCCAGACAUGGCUGGAAGUAAAGCCGCCAUUAGGUUUCCAUAGUCUUACGAUUACAAGAUUAAGAUUUUCAAAAGAUAGUAAGUACCUCUUAAGUGUCUGCAGAGACAGAAAGUGGGCUGUUUGGGAAAGAAAUUUCGAGGAUAAUACAUUCAAGUUAAUGUAUUCAAAUGAAAAACCACAUUCAAGAAUUAUUUGGGAUGGUGAAUGGACCCCACUAGAAUUUGGGAACUGCUUUGUUACAGCAUCUAGGGAUAGAACUAUCAAACUUUGGGAAUUCUCGGAAAGUUCAAACGACUACGUAUCAAAACACUCAAUAAGGCAUGAGAAGCCAGUAACUGGUUUAUCUGUUUACGAUAAAACUGUUGGAGGUAAAAUUUUAGUUGCAGCUGGUCUUGAAGACGGGAAUAUUUUGAUUUAUACUUAUCAGUCGGACGGUUUUGAGCUUGUUUGUAAUGUCGAUGCUAGUAUAACACCAGCUGAUAGAAUUAACAGACUAAGAUGGUGUCACUCAGAAAAGGAGGGUAGAUUCUUGUUAGCUUGUUCAAGUAAUGAUAAUUCGACACGUAUUUAUUCUAUAUCUAUAUAG